AUGUCUUUAAGGCGGUCGGAUGCAACGACGGCAGACUUGAAAGACUCGACUAUUGAUACAAUUGAAUCCAAAGCAUCCUCUAAAAAGAGGCCUCUCACCUAUCAAGAAAGGAAGCUAAUAGAAAGCAUGAUUCGUGUUGAUCACGCAGGCGAACUGGGGGCCAACUAUAUUUAUAAAGGUCAAAUGGCUGUUCUUGGAAAAGAUAAAGAAGUUGGACAUGUUAUUCAGGAAAUGUGGGAUCAGGAGAAGGUGCAUUUGCGUACCUUUGACGAAAUAAUUCCUCGAUAUAGAGUUAGGCCUACGCUACUGAGACCGUUGUGGGAAACGGCUGGAUUUAUGCUCGGGGCAGGUACAGCAUUGAUGGGGAAAGAGGCAGCAAUGGCAUGCACGGAAGCUGUAGAGACAGUCAUCGGGGAGCAUUAUAACGAUCAAUUACGGGAAUUGAUAAAUAUCGAUAAUGAAGAAACGACCGAGUUGAGAGAAGUCAUUAAGAAGUUCAGAGACGAGGAAUUGCAGCAUUUGGAGACGUCUGUUGAUUAUGAUGCUCAAAAAGCACCUCUCUAUGGUCCUCUCUCUGCAAUGAUACAUGCCGGAUGCAAGGCGGCCAUUUGGAUAACAACGAGGCUAUAA